UGAGUUAGAGAGAAACCCGAUCAUCAUGAUUUUCGACUCUGGGUCAACGCAAUCGAACCUCGAUUGUUUCCUCCACUGCACAACACCCACAGUCAAAUCCCAAUUCCUCCCCAAGAGUGAGAUUAGGAAUCUCAAUCGAUUAUGGCACCCUUGGGAGACAGAAAAGGUCGAGUAUUUCACGUUGGGUGAUCUUUGGAACUGUUACGACGAAUGGAGUGCGUACGGGGCUGGCAUUCCCAUCGGGUUGAACAACAACGAAACAUUAGUCCAGUACUACGUUCCUUAUCUCUCCGCCAUUCAAAUAUUCACCAGCGAUUCUUCCGUCAGUGGAUUAAGGGAAGAGACCGAGUCGGGUGAUGGCGAGAGGGAUUCAUUUAGUGAUUCGUACAGUGAUGAAAGUGAGUUAUGGAGAUCGGACGGAUGCUCAUCGGAGGACGGUGGCUCCGACCAAGACAGCCUUUCGCACGUGAAUAAUCGGUUGGGAUACCUUUAUUUCCAGUAUUUCGAGAGAACUACCCCUUAUGGAAGAGUUCCGCUCAUGGAUAAGAUUAAUGGAUUAUCACGAAGAUACCCUGGCUUGAUGUCAUUGAGGAGCGUAGAUCUCUCCCCAGCUAGUUGGAUGGCAGUUGCCUGGUACCCAAUUUAUCACAUUCCCAUGGGAAGGACCAUAAAGGACCUAUCCGCAUGCUUCCUUACUUACCACACUUUAUCAUCUUCUUUCCAAGAUAUGGAUCCCGAGGACGACGUUGAGUGUCCCGAGAGGAAGCGAAAGGAAGGGGACGACAUCGCUCUUUCGCCGUUCGGUUUGGCCACAUACAAGAUGCGUGGAGACGUGUGGGUGAUGGGCAAUUGUGGGCAAGACCGGGAGAGACUGGUGUCGCUUUUAAGCGUCGCGGACUCGUGGCUGAAGCAACUUAGGGUCGAGCACCACGACUUCAAUUAUUUCACCGGACCUCGACGUGGCUGAACAACAUAUUGUGAUUUUGUUUUCUGGUUUUGUGCUUUGUGAAGUAAUAGCGGCCUUACAAGCUUGUGUUCGGCACAAGUUAUUGAACCUUUCCAAAGUCUAGUGUGAGACCAUCAUUUACAUGAUUCCAGCAUAUGGAAUUGGAGCUGUUUUAAGCCAGUUUUAUGGCUUUGUUGUAAACAAAAAUGGAUUAAGAUCUG